CGCUGAAGAUAAUAAAAAAAAAUCACACGGGAGGUGCUUCGUCCUCGAAGCUUAUAGAAGUAGCCAAGCAGCUCUUGUUUGAUUCCCAGUUGACUCGUAAUCCGAAGAAGAUGGUCUCCACUAGCAAGAUCAAAUCCGUUGAUUUCUACAGGAAAAUCCCGAGGGAUUUGACAGAGGCGACUCUGUCUGGUGCUGGACUGUCCAUUGUAGCAGCACUCUCUAUGCUAUUUUUAUUUGGAAUGGAAUUAAAUAAUUAUUUGGCAGUCAGCACUUCGACAUCGGUUAUUGUUGACAGGAGCUCGGAUGGAGACUUCUUGCGCUUAGAUUUUAACAUAAGCUUUCCGUCACUUUCAUGUGAAUUUGCAUCUCUGGAUGUCAGCGACGUAUUAGGAACUAACAGGCUAAAUGUAACAAAGACAAUUCGGAAGUUUUCUAUUGAUUCAAAUAUGAGACCCACUGGUUCUGAGUUUCACGCUGGGGAAGUUUUAUCGCUCAUUAAUCAUGGAGAUGAAACUGGUGAAGAAGUAGCUGAAGAUUCGGUAUCACUUACUGGGCGCAACUUUGACACUGUUACACAUCAAUUUCCAAUCUUGGUUGUUAAUUUCUUUGCUCCCUGGUGCUAUUGGUGUAAUCUCCUGAAACCAUCAUGGGAGAAGGCAGCAAAACAAAUAAAAGAGAGAUAUGAUCCAGAAAUGGACGGACGUGUUCUCGUGGCAAAAGUUGACUGCACCCAAGAAGCUGAUCUCUGUCGGAGGAAUCACAUACAAGGGUAUCCAUCUAUUCGCAUUUUCCGCAAAGGCAGUGAUUUGAAGGAUGACAAUGCACACCACGAUCAUGAAUCCUACUAUGGAGAUCGUGAUACGGAAAGCUUAGUGAAGAUGAUGGUGAGUCUGGUUGAACCUAUCCAUCUAGAGCCCCAUCAUCUAGCACUGGAGGACAAAUCAGACAAUUCAUCGAGAACUCUAAAAAAGGCACCUUCUACUGGAGGAUGUAGAAUUGAAGGAUACAUGCGUGUAAAGAAAGUUCCAGGCAACUUGAUGGUUUCAGCUCGUUCGGGAUCUCAUUCCUUUGAUACUUCUCAGAUGAAUAUGUCCCAUGUUGUUAACCAUCUAUCAUUUGGGCGGAGGAUUUUGCCUCAGAAAUUUUCUGAGCUAAAGCGCUUAUCACCUUAUCUAGGCCGAAACCAUGACCGUUUGGACGGACGUCCCUUCAUAAACCAACGUGAUCUCGGCCCUAAUGUUACUAUCGAGCAUUAUCUUCAAAUAGUAAAGACAGAGGUAGUGAAAAGCAAUGGACAGGUUAUGAUUGAAGAGUAUGAGUACACAGCACAUAGCAGUGUUGCUCAAAGUUACUAUUUACCAGUCGCCAAGUUUCACUUCGAGCUCUCACCGAUGCAGGUUCUUAUAACAGAAAACUCCAAGUCCUUCUCCCAUUUCAUCACCAACGUAUGCGCCAUUAUCGGUGGUGUCUUCACGGUGGCCGGAAUCUUGGAUUCUAUUCUUCACCACACCAUGACACUGAUGAAAAAGAUUGAACUUGGUAAAAACUUUUGAAGCCCUCCUCAGGGUUUUAUUCCGUUUUCCCCUCUGUAACGAGUCAGAAAUUUUUGUUAUAUUUACACAGCCAGACGCGACCAAAAUAAUCUAGUUAUAUAUUCGAAAACUGUUACAAAUAUUGAGUAUUAAUAUCUAUAUAUCUCUCCGACUCUCUCAA